UCUCAGGGCACUGGGUACCCAGCACUGAACAGAUCUAUUCUUUGAGCUGAAAAUGAUGUGUAGUAGCAAGAAUUUGCUCCUGGCUGCUUUGAUGAUGUCAGUGCUGCUACUCCACCUCUGCAGCAAGUCAGAAGCAGCAAGCAACUUUGAUUGCUGUCUUCGAUAUACAGAACAUAUCGUUCCUGCCGGAUCUAUCAUGGGCUUCACACAACAGCUGGCCAAUGAAGCUUGUGACAUCAAUGCCGUUAUCUUUUACACAAAGAAAAAAAAGGCUGUGUGUGCAGAUCCAAAGAAGAAAUGGGUGAAACGGACUGUGCGUCUCCUCAGCCAUAGAGUCAAGAAGUUGUAAAAAGCUGAUGCUCUCUGGAAUGGAAUUGGACAGAACCCAUGAACAAAAAGAAUCUAGCUGGAGUUGGUGGUUGAGAGUUUAGCACAUACUUGAUUUGUGCUUCAGGGGACUUGUCCAAUUAAUGAAGUUGAUACAUAUUGCAUCAUAGUUUGCUUUGUUAAGCAUCACAUUAGAGUCAAACUCUAUUUUAUGUUAUUUAUAUAUAUAUAUAUGUUUUUUGUGUUUCUUCUAUUUAAUACUAACUUCCUAUAAGCUAUUCAUGUUUAGUAUGAUGUAUAAUGUUGUGUUCAGAGGAAUGAGGUUAUAUGGACUUUUUGUAAGCAGCGAGCUAUUUGUCCAAAACAAUUUAACAUUCUUCUUCUAUAUCCUUUGUUUCCUACACUGUUGUAAUUAUCCUGUAAAAGAGAAAAAUGAUGGCAAGAGUAAAUAU